AUCAAAAAAUUCCCAAAUGGAAGAGCUCAAAUCAGCUAUGGGCGAGCACAUGGACCAAAUGGCAGAUCUAGUCGAGAAACUCACCGCCGAGCUUCGCUCCGGACUUCGGCCGGCUUUCGACAACUUCAUCGGCUUCUUCCAUGCCAUUGAUUGGACGGAACCUUGGUUAAUAUCCUUGAUGUCGUUCGAUGUUGUGUUGCUACUAGUAGUAAUCAUCUCAAGGGAGAAUAUUAAUUUUCAGAUGUGUUUGUUUCUUCUUGCACUGGCUGGUGUAUAUUUUGCUGAGACACUUAAUAGUUCUCUGAGAGACAACUGGAAAAGCUUUGCGGGUCAGAAUUAUUUUGAUCCUCAAGGACUCUUUCUCUCAGUGCUCUGGUCCGGGCCUCUUCUCGUCAUUGCAAUAAUAAUACUGGUAAACACCCUCUUCUCCUUAUGUUAUCUAAUUGUGAGGUGGAAAAGAGCAGAGCUCCGACACCGUGCAAGACUUUCACAUAACAAGCAGGAUUGAUUUACUCCUCUGCUUCAUUAGCCAAGUAACCUCCUUUGAGUUUGGAUAAGAGGCAUAUCAGUCGUGGAGUUUAGCUUUAGAAGCAGGACCCCUCCUGGUUUCUUUAUGAAUAUUUUUUUUCCCGCCUUUCCUUUUCUUUUUUUUUCUUCCCUUUUCUUGGGGUGUCAUCUUGUUUUUAAUUUGAGUGACAUUUACCUUUUUUUCCUUGUUUUACCCACUGAAAUUUUGAGCACCACAGGCUAUCAAACAAUUGAGCUACUGUUUCUAUUA